AUGCUUAUCCAAGCCCUUUUGCUCUUUUACUUCUUCGUUCUCCAAAGACGAUAUUACAAUAGCUAUGGGUGCUUCUGCAACUUGCGACAUUGAUGAAGCUUUAGUCCAGAAAAUUAAAGAUUUCCGCUUUGCAAAAUACGAAAGUGGAAAUGCAGCUUUCGUUUUAAAAAUUGAUAAGAAGUCGCUAAAAAUCGAGGAGGAAGAAGUCUUUGAUGAUAUCUCUUUAGAGGAUCUUGUUGAAGAAUUGCCUGAAAAUACGCCACGUUUCAUUAUUUUGAGUUAUGGGUUAAAGCAUAGCGACGGUCGGACCAACUUCCCUUUACUAUUCAUCUAUUGGUCGCCUUCAACUGCCAAAGCAGAAAUCAAUAUGCUAUACGCCUCUGCAAAGACAUUCCUUCAAGAAAAGAUUGACGUGAUGAGAGGUUUUGAUAUCCGCGAUCCUGAAUCAUUUACCAGCGAAUAUUUGGAAAGUCAACUCUAACAAAGUUCUUAUUUCUUUCUUUCCCAAAUCUAUAUAUAAAGAAAAUUGACAAGAGUGAGUACUUCUCCCUUCUCUUUCUUUUUGUUUGGUGAAUUAUUUACCUGUAUGUAGCUUUCAGACAUAAAAAUCAUUUGAGGCAU